AAGUUCUCAGUUGACUGAGGACGAGUGAGAAGAACCCAGCAACAUGCCCGAGCCCACAGAGCAAGCCCCGCCCCCUGAGGCAGAUGCCCCAACAGAAGCAGAACAGGAGUCGGAGAAGACAGAGCUGACCGGUCUGUUUCUGGAGAAGCCAGAAAACACAGUGGCCAUAGCAGGUAAGGAUGUGGUGUUUGUAGCGAAGGUGGACUCGUCCACUCUGGUCAGGAAGCCCACGAUGAAGUGGCUGAAGGGGAAGUGGCUGGAUCUCGGCAGUAAGGCGGGAAAACACCUACAGUUUAAAGAAACGUACGACAGGAACACCAAGGUGUACACGUAUGAGAUGAAGUUGGUGAAGGUGGUCCCAGGUGACGCUGGAGGGUACAGGUGUGAAGUCACAGCCAAAGAGAAGUGUGACAGCUGCACCUUCGAGAUUUCAGUGGAAGCUGCUGAACAAGAAGCACAGCAGGACAUCCUCUCUGCCUUCAAACGAGCGGAUGCAGGCGAGGAUGAAGGAGAUCUGGACUUCAGUGCACUGCUCAAAGCCACUAAGAAAAAGAAGAAACCCCAGCCACAGAUUGAAGAGAGCGACGUUUGGGAGCUCCUGAAGAGCGCCCACCCGAGCGAGUACGAGAAAAUCGCCUUCAAAUACGGCAUCACUGACCUGAGGGGCAUGCUCAAACGCCUGAAGAAGAUGAAGACGGUGGAGCCGAAAGUCAGCGACGCCUUCCUGAGGCGUCUGGAGUCUGCCUACUCCGUGCAGAAGGGGAAGAAGAUCGUUCUGUCUGUGGAGGUGGUGGACCCCAACGUCGAGGUCAAAUGGCUGAAGAACGGCCAGGAGAUCAAACCAUCUGCAAAGUAUAUAAUGGAGUCCAAUGGGAACAUCCGUACUCUUACCAUUAAUAAGUGUACCCUGGCGGACGACGCAGCGUAUGAAUGCGUGAUCGGAAAUGACAAGUGCUUCACUGAAGUUUUCGUCAAAGAGCCCCCAGUGACCAUCACGAAGCUGCUGGAUGAUUAUCAUGUGGUGGUGGGAGAGAAAGUGGAGUUUGAGAUUGAGGUUUCAGAGGAAGGAGCACACGUCAUCUGGUGUUUUGAGGACCAGGAGCUCUCUCGCGAAGAUAAAACUGGAAGGUAUCGCUUUAGGAAGGAUGGAAAGCGUCACUCUCUGAUCAUCCAGGAGGCGAUGCUGGAGGACACGGGCAUGUUCUACGUCUACACCAAUGGGGGGCAUUCUAAAGGAGAGCUGAUCGUGGAGGAGAAGGAGCUGGAGAUCCUGCAGAGCAUCGCUGAUCUGACGGUGAAGUCUGCAGAGCAGGCCAUGUUUAAGUGCGAGGUGUCUGAUGAGAAGGUGAUGGGAAAAUGGUUUAAAGAUGGGAAAGAAGUUCAACCCAGUGACCGCAUCAAAAUCACACACAUCGGGAGGAUGCACCGUCUGACUAUAGACGACGUGAAGCCCGAGGACGCUGGCGACUACACCUUCGUGCCCGAUGGCUACGCUCUGUCCCUGUCCGCCAAGCUCAACUUCCUGGAAAUCAAGAUCGACUACGUCCCUAGACAAGAGCCUCCUAAGAUCCAUCUGGAUGUUUCUGGUAACAUGGUAUCCCAGAAUACAAUCAUUGUUGUCGCCGGCAACAAGCUCCGUCUGGACGUGGAGAUCACGGGAGAGCCUGCACCUACAGUCACCUGGACAAAGGGAGACAAGGUGGUGGCAGAAACCGAAGGCCGUGUGCGGGUGGAGAGCAGGACGGGCCUGAGCAGCUUCGUGAUUGAGGGGGCAGAAAGAGAGGAUGAAGGAAACUACAGCAUCACUGUCACCAACCCGGCAGGAGAGGAUAAGGCCAACCUCUUCAUCAAGAUAGUGGAUGUUCCUGAUCCACCAGAGCAUGUGAAGUGUACUGGGGUGGGAGAGGACUGUGCUACCAUUGUCUGGGAACCACCCAAAUUCGACGGAGGCGCUCCAGUUAAGGGUUAUCUGAUGGAGAGGAAGAAGAAAGGCUCCUCUCGCUGGACUAAGCUGAACUUUGACGUGUUUGAGGGAACGACGUAUGAAGCUAAGAGGAUGAUCGAGGGGAUUCUGUAUGAGAUGAGAGUGUUUGCUGUUAACGGGAUCGGCGUGUCAGUUCCCAGCCUCAACUCCAAACCUUUCAUGCCCAUCGCGCCCACCAGCGAGCCCACCAAGCUGACGGUGGAGGACGUGACCGAUACGACCUGCUCUCUGAAGUGGCUGGCUCCAGAGAAGAUCGGAGCGGGAGGUUUGGAUGGAUACGUCAUCGAGUUCUGCAAAGAGGGAGAUACGGAGUGGCAGGUGGCGAACACUGAUCUGGUGGAGCGUCAGAGCUACACGGUGAGGAACCUGCCCACAGGGGAGAAGAUGAAUUUCCGUGUCGUGGCGGUGAACAUCGCUGGCCGCAGCCCUCCGGCUGUCCUCUCUCAGCCCGUCACCGUCAGAGAAAUCAUGGAGCAUCCUAAGAUCCGUCUUCCUCGCCACCUCAGAACCAAGUACAUCAGGAGAGUGGGAGAAACCAUCAACCUGGUCAUUCCCUUCCAGGGUAAACCUCGUCCGGUGGCUCAUUGGCUGAAGGACGGAGAGCCAGUGGAUCCUAAGAAAGUGGGCAUCAGGAACUCCAAUGUGGAUUCAGUCCUGUUCAUCCGCUCAGCAGAGAGAGACCAUUCCGGGAAAUACACACUCGUCCUGAAGAUUGAAAACAUGGAGGAUCAGGCCACCUUAGACAUCCGCAUCAUAGAUAAACCAGGGCCACCCUUGGCUGUGAAGGUGACAGACGUUUGGGGCUUUAAUGCAGCGCUGGAGUGGAAACCACCCAAAGAUGAUGGAAACUGUGAAAUCAGUGGCUACACCAUCCAGAAAGCAGACAUGAAAACCAAGGAGUGGUUUACAGUGUAUGAGCACAACCGCCGCACUAACUGCACCGUGUCCGACCUGGUGAUGGGGAAUGAGUACAUGUUCCGUGUUUUCAGUGAAAAUCUCUGUGGGCUGAGUGAGGAUCCCUCCCUUAGCAAGAACACGGCCACCAUCUCCAAGACCGGUCUGGAGUGUAAGCGUGCUCCCUUUAAGGAGAAGGAUGUGAACGCUGCUCCAAAGUUUACGACGCCUCUGGUGGACAGAUCAGUGGUUGCAGGCUACAGCACUGCCAUCAGCUGCUCAGUCAGAGGAUUCCCCAAGCCCAAGAUCAUCUGGAUGAAGAACAGGAUGAUCAUUGGAGAGGACCCGAAGUACCUGAUGAUGAACCAUCAGGGAGUUCUGACCCUGAACAUCCGCAAACCCAGCACCUUUGACGGGGGCAAAUACGGCUGCAUGGCCGUCAAUGACCUCGGCCAGGACGAGGUGGAGUGUACUUUAGUGGUCAGAGUCAUGGCAGCGGAGAAGAAGGACUGAGGGGAGCGAGUGAAUUUGCAGACGGAGGAAUGAAGAAAUGGGAAGGAAGAGUUUUGGAUUUAAAUCGAAUCAAAUUCACUUUAAAUACGUUCAGCUUUGAUUUUUGAUCCUCGUCUCUGAUCCUCACAGCAGACGGUCCUCAGAGAGCGUCUGCAUCCAGCGCCGCGGCCGCCUGCUGUACCUCAUUAAACUCUGCUCUAAAGCGUUCUCACUG